AUGUCCUUUAGUACAGUACCCAAGCUUGAAGAUAUGCCCUCUUUGGGGAGCCCAAAGGAAGAUGCCAAGAGAGCAGCUGCAUACCUUGCGGUCGAUGAGAACUUGAAUGUUUUUUCGCAUAAUGUGAUUGGUGUUGGAAGUGGUAGUACUGUUGUCUACGUGGCUGAAAGGUUGGGACAAUACUUGAAAGAUCUGAAAUUUAAGGACUACAUGUCCAAAGCAGUGUGUGUUGCAACUGGUUUCCAAUCCAAACAGCUAAUCAUAGAUAACGGAUUAAGUUACGGUAUUAUUGAACAGAAUCCGGACGUUGAUAUUGCAUUCGAUGGUGCCGAUGAGGUGGACUACAAUUUACAAUUGAUUAAAGGUGGUGGAGCAUGUUUAUUUCAGGAGAAACUAGUAAGUACAAGUGCUAAGACUUUCAUCGUGGUGGCCGACUCUUCCAAAAGAUCGCCGAGACUACUUGGUUCCAAUUGGAGACAAGGUAUUCCUAUUGAAGUUGUUCCACCAGCAUAUGUCAGAAUCAAGACCAAACUCUUAAAUGAAAUGGGUGCAGUUAGUGUUGUUUUAAGACAAGGUGGUAAGGCCAAAGCAGGUCCUAUUGUGACUGACAAUAACAACUUCAUUCUGGAUGCCGAUUUUGGACAAAUUGAUAGUCCGGCAGAGUUGCAUGAAAAGAUCAAACUAAUGGUUGGUGUCGUUGAAACCGGGUUGUUCAUUGACAAUGCUGCCAAAGUUUAUUUCGGUAACUCUGACGGCACCGUGGAGAUUCAGACCAAGGGCGAAAAGCCAGAGAUCCUUUAG